UCAAGAGGAGAGGGAACACCAGGUUGACGCGGCUGUGCGCGGAGAGGGUGGCGGGGCGGGGAGGGGGUGGGGGGUGUUAGAGAAAAAUGCUGCCUUCGCAAGAAGCCUCCAAAAUCUACCAUGACAACUACAUGCGCAACUCCAGGGCCAUCGGUGUCCUGUGGGCCAUAUUCACCAUUUGCUUGGCCAUCAUCAACGUGGUGGUCUUCAUCCAGCCCUACUGGAUUGGUGAUAGUGUUAACACCCCCCACGCUGGCUACUUUGGCUUGUUCCACUACUGCGUGGGCAACGGGAAAUCCAGCCGGGAGCUCCUGUGCCAGGGCAGCUUCUCUGACUUCAGCUCCAUCCCGUCGGGAGCCUUCAAGGUUGCCUCCUUCUUCGUGCUGAUGUCCAUGGUGCUCAUCCUCAGCUGCAUCGGCUGCUUCACCCUCUUCUUCUUCUGCAACACCACUACGGUCUACAAGACCUGUGCCUGGACGCAGCUGCUGUGUGCUGUGUGCCUGGUGCUCGGCUGUAUAAUCUUCCCGAACGGAUGGGACGCUGAAGUGAUCCGGGACAUGUGCGGAGAAGACACAGGGAAGUACACACUGGGCAACUGCUCUGUGCGCUGGGCCUACAUCCUCGCGAUCAUCGGCGUCCUGGACGCCCUCAUCCUCUCCUUCCUGGCCUUCGUGCUGGGGAACCGGCAGAGUUACUUCCUGCAGGAGGAGCUGAGGGCCAACAACAAAGACUUUGCUGUGUCAAGGAUUGAAAUCCGGGACACCAAAGAUCUGAGAUUUGGAGUCCAGCGGUUCCACUGAGACUCAAACUCCCUCUCCUCCUCUUCCAGCGUCCUCUCUCCCCUCCCUCCAUCCUCCUCCUCCUCAGGUUAAACCCUUUGAUCUGGGCCUGGAGACCAUAAUGAUAAUAAUGGCUGCAGUUGUAUUCUAUGGAAACAAAGAUUUUUAUUGAGUGGGGGAAAAAAAACAUUUCUAGCUUUAAAGUUAACAGUAUAAAGUGCACAUGUAAAAGGUGCUAAUCUUUUUCAGGCCAGUUUCUCUUUGUACAGGACAAAUUCUGAUCCCAGGAACUAAAAAAACUAAACCAUAUAUGUAAAUGAGAUGUUUCUAUGGAAACGGGGUACAAAGAGACACUUUUUCAUACACCGUACAUCCCUGUAAACUAAAACUUGUAAAAAUGUGGUUUCCACUGGUCUUUGAGUGACUUUCAGACACUUGUCGUCCACAGUCCAUAGUUCACUGAGAGAAACGUCCUCUCUGUCCACAGCUGUUUCAUUCAGUUCACAUCUCACUACAUUAUGUUUUUUCCUCGGUUACUGAAGUGUGUGUCCUCCUCUCACUCUGGUCAUGUCCACUCCUUCUCUGGCGGACUGGGUCUUGUUUCUCUGUGCACCACCAGGACAGGCCCUGCGUGCUGCAUCUGUCUCAGGUUUGUAAAGAUGUGGCUUCCUCGAUUCCCUCAGCAGGGCUCAGAGUCUGUUCAGUCCAACACAGGCUCCUGCACUAUCCAGGUCCAUCCGAGGACAGAGAAGACAGACCCAGUACAGACUUUCAUCAAGACAAUGGACAUUGUGCACUCUGCUGCUUCCCUGCUCUGAUGCCACACAGGACCGUUUCCAUGGCGAGAGAUUUGUGUUUUAAAAUUCAUCCAUCUGAAUUUGACUUGUUCAUGUUGAAUGAAAGUGAAUGAAAAGGCAGGAAACAAAGUGAGAAUGACCCAAAGGACUUUAUGUAAUUUUACUUUCAUUUACAAUCUGAAAUGGACUUUUCUCAAUUCAGACCACUGAAAAAAAGAAUUUGAAAAUGUAUUUAUCAUCUUAUUUCAAACAAAUUGUUCCUUUUAAAGUUAGCCUAUUUAAAACAAUCUAUUUUUAAAUAAAGCAGUGGAUUAAGAGAGCUGAAAUUCGGAUCUAUACACCAGAUCUCUGUAGGCGAUCAUUUGUUUCACACGCCUGUUCUUUACAGGCAGCACAGAUACAUAAUGAAAGGCAGAAAAUGAAUCCUGAGGUUAAACUCAGUGACUGAGGUAAUAGCAGCGUGUAUGAUUUACAGCACUGGAACCCUGAGAUACCACAGAGACUGUGUUGAUCUCAGGAUGAUACACAACACACAGUUCCUCAGCUUCUUUAGUCCACAGUUCCUCUGGCUUUUCUGCCCCAUGACCCUGUUCUCAGAUCUCCAAAUACUCAUGACUCCAGCUGGCAUUUGAUUUUCAGUAUGAGAUGCUUCUGUUUUCUAAUUUCAAAAGUUUGAAGGAACAAAAACAUGAUCAUAGGUUUCAAACUCCAUUGCAAAGCAAGUUUGUUGUCUUGUCAUCACACAUCAGCACUGAUGGAUGUCAUGUUUCCAGGCUUUAAAGAGGGCGUGUUGUAUUCUGACCCCUUUCACAUUACAUCAUGCCAUUGGCUUAUUAAUGACACCAAUGUACAAGCUUUACACAAACUGGUAAAUGCAAAUGACUAUUUAUAAAAUCCAAACAUUUCCCCUCCUCAGACCCUCUGUGAGCACUUCUGUCCUUACAGCAGGCGACACAGGUCAAACUGGGCUCUCACUGAAGUUAUGAAAGACUGAACACUAAAAAAAAACUUCACCUUGUUAUUUUAGCCUUUCAUUUGAUUAAGAGUUUCAGGGGGCAGAGGUGUACCUGUGUGAAUACACAGGGCCUGUAACAUACUGUAACACUGCCAUUAACAGAAACAACAGACAGGAUUUUUUACUACAGACGCAUGACUUUGUUGUCCUCAGAUGACGUAUUGUUUGGGACAAACAUGAGAUGUCUUACCAAACUUAAAGGAAGUAACUCCAUGAUCAAACCCUGAUGAUAAUGAUAAUCUGAGCUACUUUUACUUACUAUUUUUUUAAGUCUUUUUCAAAGUCUAAUUUGACUUGAGCAUUUUGACAUUUAGAGUCCACUUCUACUUUAGUGCUAAUUAACUACACUGAGCAGAAUUAAAGUGAUAUUUUGGGGAAUAUUACACCGUCUCAGCUGUAGUUUAUGGUUGGUGGGAUCAUUAGUGCAGAUCAUGACAUUUUAGCUUCAUCAGUAGUAAUUAGUC